AUGAUACACCAGCAACUGAAUGUUGUCAACAUCAGCGGCAACAACGACAACGCCACAUCGAGAAACAACAACUGUGGGCCAGGGAGCACAAUCCCGUGGUGCGAUGUGCAGAGGGAGAUGAAGAAUGUGGAGAAAGACAUCAGGGUGGCUACCAAGCGCAAUGACAUGUUAUCUGCAAAGAAGCCAUGUCUGCACGCAGAGCUGAUGCUGCUCGGAGUCAUCUCGCUGCUGCUCAGCCAGACGGCGCGCUUCAUAUCGGAGAUCUGCGUGCCGUCCUCGCUCUUCACCAGCCGCUUCUACAUCUGCUCCGAGAGCGACUACCAGGACCUGCUGCGCAACACGGACGCCAACCAGACGGCGUUCGAAUACUACUCAGAUUCAAGUAGCUCUUCUGGAAGUGAUACCGAUGCCAAAGCUCCUCAACAAAACAGAGGGUCAAAGGAAAAAGUUCUAUCUGUCGAUGGCGUGGAUCAGGAAAAGGAUAACAUUUCCUGUACAAACCCUAUAUCUGUUUCUGCUGAUGGUGAGGGGGGAAAUGUAUCUGAGAAGCAGGUCUCCCCUGACAAGCAAAUCCGAGCUGCCCUUCUGAGAAGCCGCUUUGCUGAUACGAUCCUUAAGGCUCGUGAAAAGGCCCUUGAUCAGACUACAAAGAAGGACCCCGAGAAGCUUCGACGCGAAAGGGAGGAACUUGAGAGGGUACAAAGAGAAGAGAGAGCUCGGUUGCAAGCUGAGGCUAAAGCUGCAGAGGACGUUCGCAAGAGGGUUGAAGCAGCAGCUGCUGCUGAGGCUGCUGCUGAAGCUAAGCGACAAAGAGAACUUGAGAGAGAAGCAGCUCGCAAAGCUUUGCAAGAGAUGGAGAAAACUGUUGACAUCAAUGAAGGGAGCCAUUUUUUGAAAGAUCUUGAAAUGCUCGGAAGUGUCACAGGUGAACAGAUACCCAACUUGGUUGGUGAAACAAGUCCUGGGUUUCAAAUGGGAAGCAACACACUAGAAAAGCUCGGGCUGUACAUGAAAAACGAUGAAGAUGAUGAGGAUGGUGAUUUCACAGAUGAACCAGUGUCUGAUGUUGAAGAGGGAGAAAUAGAUUAACUGUGUUUCUGGACCAUUUUUGAUACGUUACAGGAGACCUGUUGGCAUGACUGAUCUGCAUAGAUUUCCUUUGGUAUACAAAGUGACCUGACGAAAGAUCGUGUCACAUCAAACCUGAAGGUCUGGUAUUCAUUUUUGUAACUGCCUAAGUUUUGGAGCCAAGUUGGCAAAUGACAGGGAGCCUCAGACAUGUCGGAAGUUCGUCGUGCUGCAUGUGAGGAGAGCAUCGAGCGUGCGUAUCGUUUGGAUUGAGAAUUCUCUCUGGACUUUCCAUAUCCAUACAAUGGAACAGCGAGUUUAUUGCAUAUAUGAUGAGGCCAUAAAAGGGGAGAGGGUUGGAGGAGGGACCACAAGGAGUGAUGGUGAUGGUUCUUGGCUCUUGCACAGGUGCGAGCCGUUUUUUAGGGGUAGUUUUAGAGCCAUUUCCGUGUUGUGAAUGUAACAUCAGAAAUUGUACAAAAGUUAGCCUGAUAGAUGGAAAACAUUGACUUGAAUUUA